GAGAUGCGGAUGAACUUCGGAUGGUUGCGCCUUCUGGUUUUCUGUUGGCCGAUGCCCUGAUGAUCCUGGAUUCCAAGAUGCAACUCUUGCUGCUGGUGCCAGGAGAGCGGGAAACUAAGGCUGACAGGGCAGCCACAGAGGCCAAACGCAUCAAGAAGAUGUUGGGCGCUUUGCGCCACCUCUUUCGAAACACUUUCUUGGAUUUUUGA